AUUUCGCUGCGUCUGGAAAUCUGUGUACGCCACCAAUAAACCUUGAUUUGAUCGAUAGUCACCAACUCGAUAAAAGCGAUCCGCUCGAACGCGCCCUCCGUUUGAAGCGGUAACGCGACUUUUUGUUGUUGUUGAUACACGAGUUCACCGGAGGACUAAAAACGUAGUUAUGUUUUAGUGGUUUGUUUCUGUAUAUAGCAAAGACUUUACGGUAGAACUCAAGCAUUUUUAUUGUUUGUGAUAGUUAUGUAACUAUUUGAACGAUAGUGAACAUCUACUAUCCUUAGUCGAUUCGUCCAAUCUGUUCCAGUGCUAAAUGCUAACUAGCCCAGUGCUAAAUGCUAACUAGCCCAGUGCUAAAUGCUAGUUAGCCCAGUGCUCUCUCUCUCUCUUAUCUUUUGUGUUGUUUAGGCUGCAGUCACUUUCUCUGACAUGGCCUCGCCUGCACCUGGAGCGGGAUUCCAGAACAAGAACCGUGUUGCCAUUUUGGCUGAACUGGACAAAGAGAAGAGACGCUUGAUACAAAACUCCUCCAUGAAUAACCCUGGAGCCAGCAUCCCUCUGUCCAGACCAGCCCUGAAUAAAGACUUCAGAGACCACGCGGAGCAGCAGCACAUCGCUGCCCAGCAGAAAGCAGCUCUGCAGCAUGCCCAUGCUCACUCUUCUGGAUUCUUCAUCACUCAAGACUCGUCCUUCGGGAACCUGAUCCUCCCGGUGUUGCCACGUCUAGAUCCACCACCACCAGCAGAAUCUUAAGAAGGAAACUGCAGAAAACGAAUGGCAGUGGGCCACAGAUCGGCCGCCAUUUUCCAACGAUUCUGUUGAAUUGCCACCGUUCGUCAACACCCCAACAGAUCAUUUAGUCGACGUUCGUUCUGGUGUUUUCUCAACUGACACAGACUUUUGUUACAAGUUGCUCUCUAGAACUUUUCCGAACAAAAGUCUUGGAUUGUUUGUUGAAGCUAAGGGUCAUAUUAUUUCUGUCUAUUUUCGGUGCACCGUACAUCAUGUGGUUUUGAAAGACAAUGUCAUUUUUCUAACAUUUUUUUUUAUAAAUGGAAAAAAAGGCCUAAUCAAAUAAAGAUCAAGUC